GUCCUUGGAAUCGGGAAACAAGUAAUUCAAAGCGAGACACCGAGCAUACCGUCCCAACCUAUUCAACGUCCGACCUUGUGCACCCUAGGCGGCGAAAACUUCUAUGCGGAUGGCGCUCGUUUGGAUCGAUUGCGAGGGCUAGAUGACGGGGCUUGACCCGGAUAAAGACUCCAUUAUAGAGAUAUUCUGUCUCGUCACCAACGGCCAGCUAGAUUUUCUCGACAAAUCUGGUUGGGGCACCGUUGUUUACCAACCCAAGGAGCGCAUGGAUUCCAUGGACGACUGGUGUAUUUCUGUACACGGAACAAGUGGGCUCACCACCGCCGCGAUCGAGUCGACUGUGACGCCCGAGCAAGCAGCCGACGAGUUAUUGUCCUACAUUCAGCGACUUGUCCCGGACAAGGGCGUCGCGCUUCUGGCCGGAAACAGCGUGCACGCAGACCGCGCUUUUCUUCGAAAGGCCCCUUACAAUAAAGUCCUUGAGCACCUACACUACCGUAUCUUGGAUGUAAGCAGCCUAAAGGAGGCUGCUCGCAGAUGGUGCCCCGAAAUUGCCUUAGGGGUUCCAGCCAAGAAGGGACUCCAUCAGGCGAAACAAGAUAUAAUUGAAAGCAUAGAAGAAGCUAGGUACUACAGGUCGACACUAUUUCAGCCACACCGGGUGGUUAAAAGUGCUCGUCCUUAAUACCGUCAACCACAAUCCAGCCGCUGUCAAAGUUUCGAGCACGUAUACGGACUAGGGAUGAUAAUUUUGAAUGUCAUCUUUGUUAAUGGGGACGCCACCCACCCUCCUGGUGUAUGUUCCGUUUAUGGAAGUUCAGGUCUUAACGUCAGGCUCAUCCCGGCCCACAAACUCCUUGAACUUCAGCAGUUCUGUUGCCAUCUUGAUUUCAGGUCUGAGG